AUGUCAGAAUUUGCACCUAUUUCUAUCUAUUUAGUGAUUAGUCCGCUAGUUUCUUUGAUCCUACUUGGUCUUCCUUUUCCAUUUGCUUCCAAUAGUUCGACCUAUCCAGAAAAAUUGUCGGCCUACGAAUGUGGUUUCGAUCCUUUCGGUGAUGCCAGAAGUCGUUUCGAUAUAAGAUUUUAUCUUGUUUCAAUUUUAUUUAUUAUCCCUGAUCCGGAAGUAACCUUUUCCUUUCCUUGGGCAGUACCUCCCAACAAGAUUGAUCUCUUUGGAUUUUGGUCCAUGAUGGCCUUUUUAUUGAUUUUGACGAUUGGAUCUUUUUAUGAAUGGAAAAGGGGUGCUUCGGAUCGGGAGUAAUCACUAGUUUUAGGGCGAAAAUCGGGGGGAAGGACAAAGGAAAGAGCGAUGCCUACAUUAAAUCAAUUGAUUCGUCAUGGUAGAGAAGAAAAACGGCGCACGGACCGUACUCGAGCUUCGGAUCAAUGUCCCCAGAAGCAAGGAGUAUGCCCGCGUGUUUUAACGAGAACACCGAAAAAACCUAAUUCAGCUCUACGUAAGAUAGCUAAAGUACGGUUGAGCAAUCGACAUGAUAUAUUUGCUUAUAUUCCAGGCGAAGGUCAUAAUUCGCAGGAACAUUCUAUGGUCUUAAUAAGAGGAGGCAGAGUGAAAGAUUUGCCAGGUGUGAAAUCCCAUUGUAUUCGAGGAGUCAAGGAUUUGCUGGGAAUUCCGGAUCGAAGAAGAGGCAGAUCAAAA